AUUAGUUUUUGUUCUGACUUUAAGAAUGAAAAAGUGUUUAAUAGUCCUUACAACUUUAGUAGCCCUAAUUGCAGCUGCAAGUGUACCCGAAGAGUUUAUCCAAACAAAUCACCAUGCAAUUUUGUUUGACCAAAAGAAAGGAUUCGGUAAGGAAGAAAGAGGAUUACUUGCUUUAGAAUCUAGAAGCCUUAGUUCAAGUGGCAAAGAUGCAUUAGAAAACUUCAUCAACAAACUACCAUGUGGAUGGCCGGAAGCUGGUAUCCCACCUUUAGCUCCCUACACCAAGGAGCAAAUUGCUUUUGGCCUUAAGAAAUAUUUCGCUGAAAUCUUUGCUAAGAUCGAACAUUUCCGAAUUGACGGAUUAGAUAUUUUGCUGAUAAACAAAUUGAAAAUCAACUAUGCGUUUAGCAAGAAAGUCAAAUUUAACUUACUUCUACCGAGAGUUGUGAUAAGUGGAAAAUUGAUGGCCGGUGCACUGAUGGAUCUUAUGGAAGAAUACGGAAUAAGUUUGAAAUAUGAUAAAGAGGGCGAUUUUGAAUUGAAUUUAGAAAAUAUCAUAUUUGAUGGUCAAUUCAAGUAUAAAAUGCCAUACAUAUUCGGAAGUAUUAAAAUAUAUAAAUUUGAGGGUUCCAUCACUUUGGGCAAUGUAAUAUCGCAGAUUAAUGGAAUAGUUGGCGAAGGCAAAUACAAAGAAUUACUGGACAAUCAGAUUGAAGAUAUUUUGAUGAAAGCAGUUGGAAUGAACCAGGAUAAGAUCAGUGCAAUGUUGGCGGACGAUUUGGUCCCACAUUUGAAUAAGAAAUUAGAAGGACGGAAAAUAUGGUCAAUAAUUCGAGCGGCAUUUGGUAAAAAGGGAAAAGUUUGUUAUCCACCUGCUGAUCCUUGGAAAUAACUUUUGAAAAUAAAUAAAGGAUACCAACGAAAUGAA